CCGCUUUGGUGUUGAUUUAUGGUGGACAUGUUAUGAUGGAGCCGAAUGAAUGGGCGGUGUUGAGUCUCGUGCGGCGUGAUGUUUGAAUUCUGGAAUCUGUCAGUGAAUUUGAUGCCAGUGAUAUAUUCCUCCUUGCAUGUGUGCUAGUGGGCGCUCCCAUUCGAGCAGCAGUCACGAUGGUGGCCCUGUCGCUGAAGAUUUGCGUGCGACAGUGCAAUGUGGUCAAGACAAUGCAGUUUGAGCCCUCAACUCCGGUUUACGAUGCCUGCCGGAUUAUCAGAGAGAGAGUUCCAGAGGCCCAAAGUGGACAAGCAUCAGAUUACGGGCUCUUCCUGUCCGAUGAUGACCCCAGGAAAGGAAUCUGGUUGGAAUCAGGGCGCACCCUUGAUUACUACAUGCUGCGGAAUGGGGACGUCCUGGAGUACAAGAAAAAACAAAGACCUCAGAAGAUCAAAAUGCUGGACGGAACCAUUAAAACCAUAAUGGUGGAUGACUCCAAAACAGUAGGGGAGCUGUUGGUCACCAUUUGCAGCAGGAUAGGAAUCACUAAUUAUGAGGAGUACUCACUGAUCCAAGAGCAGGUGGAGGAGAAGCGAGAGGAUGGAAUGGGAACGCUGAAGAAAGACCGAACCCUCCUGCGAGAUGAGAGGAAGAUGGAGAAGCUGAAAGCCAAACUUCACACAGAUGAUGAUUUGAACUGGCUAGACCACAGUCGGACGUUUCGGGAGCAGGGUGUAGAGGAAAGCGAGAUACUACUUCUACGAAGGAAGUUCUUCUAUUCUGAUCAGAAUGUAGACUCCCGUGAUCCAGUCCAGCUCAACCUCCUCUAUGUACAGGCCAGGGAUGACAUUCUGAACGGAUCCCACCCCGUGUCCUUUGAUAAGGCCUGUGAGUUCGCUGGAAUUCAGGCUCAGAUCCAAUUUGGUCCCCACGUGGAGCACAAACACAAGCCAGGAUUUUUAGACCUGAAGGAGUUCCUACCAAAAGAAUACAUCAAACAGAGGGGGGCGGAGAAGAGAAUCUUUCAGGAUCACAAAAGCUGUGGUGAGAUGACAGAGAUUGAGGCGAAAGUGAAGUACGUGAAGCUUGCCAGGUCUCUACGCACAUACGGAGUGUCGUUUUUCCUGGUGAAGGAGAAGAUGAAAAGCAAGAAUAAGUUGGUCCCGCGUCUGCUGGGCAUUACCAAAGAGUCAGUGAUGAGGGUGGAUGAGAAGACCAAAGAGGUGGUGCAGGAGUGGCCCCUGACCACUGUGAAGAGGUGGGCGGCUUCACCCAAGAGCUUCACACUGGAUUUCGGCGAGUACCAGGAGAGCUAUUACUCCGUCCAGACCACAGAAGGGGAGCAGAUCUCACAACUCAUCGCUGGAUACAUUGACAUCAUCCUUAAGAAAAAACAGAGUAAAGAUCGGUUUGGUUUGGAUGGUGAUGAGGAAUCCACCAUGCUAGAAGAAUCUGUAUCCCCGAAAAAGUCCACCAUCCUCCAGCAGCAGUUUAAUCGGGUCGGUCGAGUCGAGCAUGGGUCGGUGGCACUGCCUGGCAUCAUGCGGUCGGGGUCAAUAGGAGGCCCCGACACGUUCAACAUGGGCACCAUGCCCUCGGCUCAACAGCAGAUCACCACGGGACAGAUGCACAGAGGACACAUGCCCCCUCUGAGUCUGGCCCAGCAAGCACUGAUGGGAACUAUCAACACCAGUAUGCAGGCUGUCCAGCAGGCACAAGCUGACCUGGGAGAGGUUGAUAAUCUUCCACCACUGGGACAAGACAUGGCGUCCAGAAUGUGGGUUCAGAACAAGGUGGAUGAAUCCAAACACGAGAUUCACUCCCAAGUGGAUGCCAUCACGGCUGGUACUGCAUCAGUGGUCAACCUCACUGCCGGUGACCCUACAGACACGGACUACACCGCCGUGGGCUGCGCCAUCACCACCAUCUCCUCCAACCUGACGGAGAUGUCCAAGGGAGUAAAGCUCUUGGCGGCUCUGAUGGAGGACGAGGUGGGCAGUGGGCAGAAUCUAAUGGGGGCCGCCCGGACCCUCACAGGGGCUGUGUCUGACCUGCUCAGAGCCGUGGAACCAGCUUCUGGAGAGCCCAGACAGACUGUUCUGACAGCGGCGGGCAGCAUCGGACAGGCCAGCGGAGAUCUUCUGAAACAAAUGGGAGAAGGAGAAACUGACGAGAGAUUCCAGGACAUUAUGAUGAACCUGGCUAAAGCUGUUGCAAAUGCCGCCGCCAUGCUGGUGCUGAAAGCCAAGAACGUGGCACAGGUGGCAGAAGACACGGCGCUCCAGAACCGAGUCAUUACCGCCGCCACGCAGUGCGCGCUCUCCACCUCACAGCUGGUGGCCUGCACAAAGGUGGUGAGCCCCACCAUCUCCUCGCCGGUGUGUCAGGACCAGCUGGUGGAGGCGGGACGUCUGGUGGAGCGUUCUGUGGAGGGGUGUGUGAAGGCGUGUCACGCCGCCUCAGAGGAGGGCGAGCUGCUCCGACAGGUGAACAUGGCGGCUGGGGCGGUCAGCCAGGCCCUCAGCGAUCUGCUGCAGCAUGUGCGCCACUACGCCAGCUGUGGAGAGCCAAUCGGACGCUACGACCAGGCCACUGACACCAUUAUGACUGUAACGGAGAGUAUUUUCACCUCAAUGGGGGACGCAGGUGAAAUGGUACGACAGGCGCGGGUUUUGGCCCAGGCCACCUCGGAUUUGGUGAAUGCGAUGCGUUCUGACGCUGAGGCUGAAAUUGAUGUGGAUAAUUCCAAGAAACUACUUGCAGCUGCCAAGCUGUUGGCCGAUGCCACUGCCAGAAUGGUGGAAGCUGCGAAGGGGGCUGCCGCAUACCCAGAAAAUGAAGACCAGCAGCAGAGGCUGCGAGAGGCUGCUGAAGGGUUACGGGUCGCCACCAACGCAGCCGCUCAGAAUGCCAUCAAAAAGAAGCUCAUUCACCGACUGGAGAAUGCAGCUAAGCAGGCCGCAGCGGCAGCGACGCAGACCAUUGCUGCCGCCCAGAAUGCAGCAGCAUCCAAUAAGAACACCAUGUCACAUCAGCAGCUCGUGUUCAGCUGCAAGGCUGUGGCAGACCAUAUUCCACAGCUAGUGCAGGGAAUGAGGGGCAGUCAGGCCCACCCGGAAGAUCUUGGUGCCCAGCUAGCCCUUAUCAUCGCCAGCCAGAGUUUCCUGCAGCCAGGAAGUAAAAUGGUGACGUCUGCUAAAGCGGCCGUUCCGACUGUAACCGACCAGGCAGCUGCGAUGCAGCUUGGUCAGUGUGCCAAGAACCUGGCCACCUGCCUGGCAGAGCUGCGCACAGCUGCACAGAAGGCUCAUGAAGCGUGUGGUCCUCUGGAGAUUGACUCUGCUCUCAACGCUGUUCAGACUCUGAAGAGUGAACUACAGGAUGCCAAAAUGGCCACACUGGAAGGACAACUCAAACCACUACCAGGAGAAUCGUUGGAGAAGUGUGCUCAGGAUUUGGGGAGUACGUCUAAAGCUGUGGGCUCCUCCAUGGCUCAGCUACUGACCUGUGCCGCCCAGGGCAAUGAACAUUAUACUGGUGUGGCAGCGAGGGAAACCGCUCAAGCUCUGAGGACAUUGGCUCAGGCCGCGAGGGGAGUAGCAGCGAGUACCGUGGAGCCUCAGGCUGCGGCGGCCAUGUUGGACUCUGCUUGUCACGUGAUGGAGGGCUCGUCCAUGCUAAUCCACGAAGCCCACCAAGCCCUGGUGUGCCCUGGUGAUGCAGAGAGCCAGCAGAGAUUAGCACAGGUGGCGAAGGCUGUCUCUCACUCCCUGAAUAACUGUGUGAACUGCUUACCUGGACAGAAGGAUGUGGACAUGGCUCUCAGGAGCAUUGGCGAGGCCAGUAAGAAAUUGCUUGUGGAAAAUCUUCCUCCAUGCUCCAAAUCCUUCCAAGAGGCCCAGACGGACCUGAACCAUACGGCAGCCGAGCUGAACCAUUCGGCCGGGGAUGUGGUGCAGUCUUCACGUGGGAGCAGCAGCCAGCUGGCUGUGGCUUCUGGGAAGUUCAGCCAAGACUUUGACGAGUUCUUAGAUGCCGGCAUUGAGAUGGCCGGGCACACUCAGUCCAAAGAUGACCAGAUCCAGGUGAUUGGCAACCUGAAGAAUAUCUCCAUGGCAUCCAGCAAGCUGCUGCUGGCUGCUAAGUCCCUCUCCGUUGAUCCAGGGGCAGCAAAUGCCAAGAACCUUCUCGCAGCUGCGGCACGAGCGGUUACAGAAAGCAUUAAUCAACUCAUCACACUGUGUACCCAGCAGGCACCAGGACAAAAAGAGUGUGAUAAUGCUCUACGAGAACUCGAGGCUGUACGAGGAAUGUUGGACAAUCCCAAUGAGCCAGUCAGUGAUCUGUCUUAUUUUGACUGCAUUGAGAGCGUUAUGGAGAAUUCCAAGGUUCUCGGGGAGUCCAUGGCUGGAAUCUCACAGCACUGUAAGACGGGAAACGUGCCAGCAUUCGGGGAUUGCGUGGGAGUGGCGUCCAAAGCGUUGUGUGGGUUGACCGAAGCGGCGGGACAGGCCUCCUAUUUGGUAGGCGUCUCAGACCCCAACAGCCAGUCAGGUCAUCAGGGAUUGGUCGAUCCCAUCCAGUUUGCCAGAGCCAAUCAGGCGAUUCAGAUGGCCUGCCAGAAUCUGGUGGACCCGGCCAGCAGCCCCUCCCAGGUCCUGUCAGCAGCUACCAUUGUUGCGAAGCACACCUCUGCCCUUUGCAAUGCCUGUCGUCUGGCGUCUUCCAAAACAGCCAAUCCUGUAGCCCGGAGACAUUUUGUACAGUCAGCCAAAGAGGUCGCCAAUACAACAGCUAACCUCGUCAAAACUAUAAAGGCCUUAGACGGGGAUUUCUCAGAUGAGAACCGUGAGAGGUGCCGAGUGGCCACGACCCCGCUGAUAGAAGCUGUGGAUAAUCUCUCCACCUUUGCCUCCAACCCUGAGUUUGCCAGCAUUCCUGCACAGAUAAGCCAUGAGGGUUCAGCUGCCCAGGAACCAAUCCUUCGCUCGGCUCGUUCAAUGCUGGACAGCUCCACCCACUUAUUAGAAACCGCCCGCUCACUUAUCCUUAAUCCCAAAGAUCCGCCCACCUGGUCCAUCUUGGCUGGCCAUUCCCGGACCGUGUCGGACUCCAUCAAGAGCCUCAUUACGUCCAUCAGGGACAAGGCCCCUGGGCAGCGGGAGUGUGACCAGUCCAUCGACAGCAUCAACAAGAGCAUCAGGGACAUUGAGCAGGUGUCUCUCGCCGCCGUGGGUCAGAGUCUGCCCCGCAGAGACGACAUCUCCCUCGAGGCUUUACAGGAGCAGCUGACCUCUGCCGUGCAGGAGAUCGGCCACCUCAUUGACCCCAUCUCCACUGCAGCACGAGGGGAAGCAGCUCAGCUCGGACACAAGGUGACUCAGUUAGCGAACUACUUUGAGCCAGUGAUUGUGGCGUCAGUGGGACUGGCGUCUAAACAUGCCGACCACCAGCAGCAGAUGAACAUACUGGAUCAAACCAAAACCCUGUUUGAAUCUGCUCUACAGAUGCUCUACGCUGCCAAAGAGGGCGGUGGAAACCCUAAGGCAACCCACACCCAUGAUGCCAUAGCCGAAGCAGCCCAGCUGAUGAAGGAGGCAGUUGAUGACAUCAUGGUGACCUUAAACGAGGCAGCCAGUGAGGGGGGGAUGGUGGGCGGCAUGGUGGAGUCCAUCGCUGAGUCCAUCGGACGGAUGGAUGAAGGAACUCCGCCGGAGCCUGACGGCACUUUUGUGGACUACCAGACCACCAUGGUGAAGUUUUCAAAAGCCAUCGCCAUUACCGCACAGGAAAUGAUGACAAAGUCAGUGACCUGUCCGGAGGAACUGGGUGGACUGGCGUCUCAGGUGACGGUGGAUUACAGCCAGCUGGCACAACAAGGCCGUCUGGCAGCUGCCACUGCCGAGCCAGAGGAGGUGGGAUCUCAGAUCAAGUCUCGGGUGCAGGAGUUGGGUCACGGCUGCAUCUACCUGGUACAGAAGGCCGGAGCCCUACAGAUGAGCCCGACAGACAGUUUCUCCAAGAGAGAGCUGAUCGAAUACGCCCGUGCCGUCACUGAAAAGGUGUCCAUGGUGUUGUCAGCCCUGCAGGCUGGUAAUAAAGGAACUCAGGCCUGCAUAACUGCAGCCAGUUCUGUCUCCGGCAUCAUCGCUGAUCUGGACACCACCAUCAUGUUCGCCUCUGCCGGCACACUCAACGCAGAGAACGAAGAGUCUUUCGCAGACCACAGAGAGAACAUAUUGAAAACUGCUAAAGCUUUGGUUGAGGACACCAAGCUGCUUGUGUCUGGUGCUGCAUCGAGCCAGGACAAACUAGCCCAGGCAGCCCAGUCCUCUGCCAAGACCAUCACACAGCUCACUGACGUGGUCAAACUGGGUGCUGCGAGCAUGGGCUCAGAGGACCCAGAGACACAGGUGGUCCUGAUAAACGCAGUCAGAGAUGUCGCUAAAGCUUUGGCUGAGCUGAUUAGUGCCACUAAAUGUGCCGCUGGCAAAGCAGCGGACGAUCCAUCCAUGUAUCAACUGAAGAGUGCUGCCAAGGUGAUGGUGACAAACGUGACAUCUCUGCUGAAAACUGUGAAAGCUGUGGAGGAUGAGGCCACUCGCGGGACGAGGGCUCUGGAAGCCACUAUUGAAUGCAUCAAACAGGAACUCACUGUUUUCCAGUCCAAGGACGUUCCGGAGAAAUCCACCACCCCAGAAGAGUUCAUCCGCAUGACCAAGGGCAUCACCGUAGCGACGGCCAAAGCAGUGGCAGCAGGCAACUCUGCUCAGCAGGAGGACGUGAUAUCCACUGCCAACCUGAGCCGCAAAGCCAUCUCCGACAUGUUGACCACCUGCAAGCAAGCCGCGUACCACCCAGAAGUAGGCGAGGAUGUGAGGAAUAAAGCUCUGCUCUACGGCAUCGAGUGUACCACCGGAUACAUCGACUUGCUCGAACACGUCCUGCUCGUCCUGCAGAAACCCACGGCCGAACAGAAACAGCAUUUGGCCACACUGUCCAAGAAAGUGGCGGGCUCCGUCACGGAGCUCAUCCAGACCGCUGAAGCCAUGAAAGGUUCAGAGUGGGUGGACCCAGAAGACCCCACGGUGAUAGCGGAGACGGAGCUCCUUGGUGCUGCUGCAUCCAUCGAGGCUGCGGCCAAGAAACUGGAGCAGCUGAAGCCCAGAGCCAAACCAAAGCAAGCCGAUGAGUCUCUGGACUUUGAGGAGCAGAUCCUGGAAGCAGCGAAAUCCAUUGCUGCCGCAACCAGCGCUCUGGUCAAAUCUGCUUCGGCCGCUCAGAGAGAGCUCGUAGCACAGGGCAAGGUGGGCUCCAUCCCUGCCAAUGCAGUUGAUGACGGCCAAUGGUCCCAGGGUCUAAUAUCAGCAGCCCGGAUGGUUGCGGCCGCCACCAGUAACCUGUGUGAGGCCGCUAACGCUUCAGUCCAGGGUCACGCCAGCGAGGAGAAGCUCAUUUCCUCUGCCAAACAGGUGGCGGCUUCCACAGCCCAGCUGCUGGUGGCCUGUAAAGUCAAAGCUGACCAGGACUCAGAGGCCAUGAGGAGAUUACAGGCUGCCGGUAACGCAGUCAAGAGAGCGUCUGACAACCUGGUGAAGGCAGCGCAGAAAGCAGCCUUCGAUAAAGCCGAAGACAACAGUGUUGUGGUUAAAACGAAAUUCGUAGGAGGAAUCGCUCAGAUCAUUGCAGCACAGGAGGAGAUGCUAAGAAAGGAGAGGGAGUUAGAGGAAGCCCGGAAGAAACUCGCCCACAUCCGACAGCAGCAAUACAAGUUUCUGCCCAGCGAACUGCGAGAAGACCAGAGCUGAACACUUCUUGUCUGACUGGACGUGAUAUUCAUCAGAUCAUGAUUGUUAUGGAUGAUUGGCUGCUCCUUACAUGGAGGGGUAGAGAUGUCACACGUCAUUGGUUGUGUAACUGUCAGGUGAUUUGUUGAAGUUAAAUGUGAUUGGUUCACAUGGGACUAGCGCCACUGAUUGGCUGUAUGUUGGGGUAUGAACGCAUUUCCUCUUACAUAGGGCUAAUAUUUUCUGUUCUUGUUUUUUUAGUCAUGUAUUAAGGUUUAAAGCACUUGUUAGAGGUAUGUUUGAGCGUGUGUGUGUGUGUGUGUGACUGUAUUUUAUGUAUCAAUUGUAUCCUGCUGCUUGGCGAUAAUUUACCAUAAGAAUCUCAAUAACUAAUGUCAGUACAUCAUGUUUUAUAAUGCAGACAAUGUGAAACUAUUAAAAUCUGAAGCUAGCAGCCGAAAACAAGACAAAAUUUACUUUGCACCUAUGAAGUAUGAUGUCAGACCAUAAGCUUUCAUUUUUUGCUUGAGUUCUCACUCACAUGUGACAAUAAGCUUCGAACGCCUCUAGAAUGCACUGCUUGAUUUAUUCAUAUCCCACUCUAGAUAUGUAUUAUGUUAGUAAGGUAAUGAAUUAUAAGUAGUUAUUAUAAGGAAAGAAUGUACCGGUGCGCUUUGUCGUGUUAUUUAUUGAUAGCAGAACUUUAUAGUUUAGUUGGGGGCUCAACUGAGUUGAUAAAAAUUAGGAAGUAUCAUGUCUUUCAACUCUUUCAAUUCAUGCGAAUAGUUUCAUUCAGUCCUCUCUUCAUACUGUACAUCAGCUGUAGCUCAGAUCUUAUGACUACAUUUCCCAUGAUUCCUCUCUAUGUUUAAACUUAUUCUGCGUUUACGCCAUGUCGUAAUUACCGUAAUUAUGAGAUGACAACCCAUGAUGUUCUACUCCGAGCACAUCCUUGGACUCAUUCAACACUAUCAACACCAAAAUGAAUCUGCAGUUGUCAGGUGGUACAAGUCAGAGUUAAACUUUUUACAAGUCGGAAUCUCAUAAUUACGGUAAUUCCAACAUGGAAUGAAUGCACCUUUAGUCAGGUGGACAGGAACGAGGUUUGGUAAAACACAACAGCUAUGUUCGGAAUAGCAUACUACUCAUACUAUUUCUGCAGUAUGCAUACUUGUAUGCAAAUUUUCUGCAUUGGAACCAAAUGACCUACUAUAUUUACUGAAAUGUGCAUUAUGGGAACAGUACAUUGUGUGGAACACUAUAUCCCACAAUGCAAUGUGCUCAUUGUUUUAUUUCUAGUGUAAUGAAUAAACAAAAAGUAAUAUCAGUCUCAAUUUUGGCUGAAUUUGAAAUGGCAUUGUGCUUAUCUUAUAUAUGCAACAAAAUUUCCAAAUGUUUUUGCACAAAAUUGGUUAAAAAUGUGAAAAAUGUGUUUGCAUACUGCACAAUAUUUAGCAUACUAUUUAAAAAAAGAAAAAAGUAGGCAGUAUAUAUUGUAUACUAUGAAGUAUGUAGUAUGCAGAAUGCUAGCAAUUCAUUCCAAGGCUGUAACCAUGUCUUGAACAUUGGGGGGGAACAAUUUAAAAAAAAAAAAAAGCAUAUAAACAGAACAGUGAAGGAAAUUCUAGGUCUAAUUCUAGUUGGGAAAUAAUCGUUUUUGAAAUAUUUGCAUUAAAAUAUGCACACAUGUAUGCUACUUUUAUUUGUAUGCUAUGCUUAAUGUGUCAAAAACGUAAAAGUGUCUUGGUUAGGUAUUACAUGAAUCACGUAAAUGCAUAUUUUCAAUUCAAAAUGGCCAUAUUUGAGAAAAAAGUUGAGUAGUUUGCAUCACUGGAUGUUACUGUCGGUCUUUUAACAUUUCAAUCGCAAAACAGUAUUAAAUGUUUCGCUAUUUACCUCACUCUCUUUCAACGUUAAUCUAAAGCUUCAAGUUGGAAUUCACGCUCUGCUUCUAUGAACAGUAAACCACGCCUACUUUGAUUUGAUUGGCCAUCUCAAUCAUUUUGACAUUGACGAGCACUGUUAGACCGCCGAGACUUAAAAAUGUAACUUUUAAACCUUUUUUGUUAUCCUAACAACAUACAGAGAGCUGCGUAAUGAAGUGCAGUAGAGCAGUGCAAGAAUUUCAAAUAUUAGGGGGAAAAAUUGAGGGGGUGGGGACUCGUCCCCCUCAAUGUCUAUUGUGGUUACGGCCCUGAUUCAUUCCGACCAUAACCUGCCUCUAGAGCAGGGCUGGGCAACUCUGGCCCUUGAGAUCCAUUUUCCUGCAGAGUUUAGUUCCAACCCUAAUAAAACCCACCUGAACAAGCUAAUCAAUGUCUUAAGGAUUACUAGAAAGCUACAGGCAGGUUAGUUUGAUCAAGGUUGGAUCUAAACUCUGCAGGAAAGUGGAACUCGAGCAGGGUUGCCAGGUCUGCGCAACAAAAGUAGUCCAAAAAUAGCCCAAUGCGAUUUUCUCCGUCAGGCGGCCGAAUUCUCCAUUGAAUUUGUAUGUCUGGGGAUGUUUUGAGGGUGUUGGUGUGCUGAAAUUGUACGUAUGGGGGUGGAAAUAAACCAGCGGAAAAAAAAUUAACAGCUUAAAAGUAUCCCCAAUUCCACGGGGAAAACCGCAGACUUGGCAACACUGAUCUCGAGGGCCAGAGUUGCCCAGCCCUGCUCUAGAGUAGUGUUGUCAAAAGUACUGACUUCGAUACCAAGUCGGUACUGAAAUGUUAAAAAUGUGGCGCUUUGAGCGCUGUUGAGCAGAUUCGUAAACACCUCUGAUUGGCCAUUGUGUUCACGAGCUCAACAGAUAUGUCUGUGAUUGGCUACAAUGAUCAGCACAUCAAAAAUAUGUUGUAAAUAGACAUCAAUGACGCUCUUCAUCGAGGGCUUACACAGAUACACACGGGAGCGUUCCCGAUUUCAAAUUCAAUCACAGACAUAUCUGUUGAGUGCGUGAACACAAUGGCCAAUCACGGGUGUUUAAGAAUCCACUCAACAGCGCUCAAAGCAUCUCAUUUUUAAAAUUUCAGUAUCAAAGUCGAUACUUUUAACAACACUACUCUAGAGCCAUGUAAGAAGUAACAUUUACACAAAAUGUUUUAAAAAAAAAUGUGCCAAACAGGUCAUGUGACAACAAUGUAGCAUACUACCGUUUUAAAUGUGUAUCAUUUAAUAUUAAUAAUACAGACUGUUUAACAUGCUACAGUAGGCAGCGUACAGUAUAUACUGUGCAGUAUGCAGAGCGCUAGUAUUCCAUUCUGAAUGCAGCCAGAAUCGCAGUGUUGUACAUCCUAAUAUCACAGUUUUUAUAAAACAUGGAUACGUUCACACUUGGAAUAGAUCCAUCGCAAAAUCUACUUCCUGUUUGAGAUUGUGCUUGCAUGGCUGUUAGGAACUCAGCAGGAAACGGCACAUCAGUAGCUUUAUAGGAUUCAGUGGCGUCGUCAGUGUAGUCUUACCUGCUAAUAACAUGUCUCUCUGCUUAACGUGUACUUUGUGUAUGUUUUUGGUAAGAAAAUCACAGUGGAGUCUUUUAAGAGGGUGUACUUCCUGUUUUAUUUCUUGUUGCAUUGCGUAGAAUAAUGUGUGGCACUUAAAAGAUGAGAACUGACUGUUGUGACUCUUCAGAUCUGGACUGCAUUGUGUCAUAGUGCCUUAUUCUGACUUCUUCAGUAGCUCAGUGUGCAAGUCGCUCUUUUAUGCUGCUUGUGGACCAGAUUUCACUCCACUGAUCUGGAUUUAAAGUGUCUCAGAUACCAAUACUGAGCGAUAAAGCAGAUGAGUGAAGCAGAUGUCCUUUGUCCUGUUCAAAUUAGCUUUGGGUGUGUACAGCGUUGUUUCCAGUCUAAGCCGCAUGUGGCGACUAAAUCUGAUGUCCACUGGGCGGAUAUUUGGUUCUGUUCUGCAAUAUUGUACCUACUGAGGCCUAAAGAUGCACUUGCCUUGGCAGGCCGCUAUACUGCCGUACAAUGAAGUCUUUAGACAUUUAGAUGUAUAGCUUCACGACAAAUUAACAAACCACGAGUAGGAAAAGGAAGGAUGUGAUUCUUUAUAUCAGCACUGACUGCUUUCAGCUUAUCCACGUGAAAAAGAAUAUUAAAAUGUCCCAAAAAAGUACAAGGUUAUCUUGCUUUUCAUUUCAAUAAAUCACCAUGUAUGAAGUUUUGUUUUUUUGUUUACUUCAAGUUAUAGCUAUAAUGAAGAUAUUGCAAUAUGUGGUUGAACAUGUGGUGUCUUUCAGUGGAGCCGAAGAAAACAGCAAGAACUAUCGCCUUCUUUUGAAAUAGAGUUAGGGCUUUCUUUAAUCAACUGACAUAGUGACAUUAAUAUUAAUAAUAAUAAUGAACAUUAAAAUGCUGUAUGUAAAAUAUUUAUCUGGUCACGAAAGUAUUUUUUGUAUUGCCCUGAAAAUAAAGAGUUUCAACAAACUAUAA